UGCGGGUCUCCGCCGAAUAGGGAUCAGCUACGAAAAAAGAUGGAAAGCGAUGCUGCUGGAGAUCCCUGCUGCUGAUCCGCAGCGCCGUACCCUCGCUUCCUUGCAUGUCACCUUUCCGCUCCCCCCAGUUCUCAUCCACACACACUAGUGUAGCGGAUUCUUGCAGAUUUUUCCUUGCCAGCACCAAGCUCAAGUAGCCUCUGACACCUGUUUACUAAUAUUAAUGUUUGGACCGGAGUGAAAAUCGGCAUCAAUAAAGGUGUGUCCCGUGGCACCUAUCCUACAACGGAGGUAACAUGAAGCGAUCGCGGAUAUGGAGUGCUCUGUGUUUAAUGACCAUUUGGUACCAGCUUGGGAUGUCUAGCAGAUACGGCUGUCUGUUUGAGAAGAGGCUGUGCUCCAGGGAUCAGAUCUGCUCCGACGAUGGGCUCUUCGGGAAGUGCCAGAGUCCCAGGCAGGAGCGUGUGCAGUACCAGCUAUCGGUGCCUGUGCUGCAGAGGCUGCAGGAGGUGCUGAAGCGGCUGAUGUUGCAGGGCCUCUCCUGGCAGGAUGACAUCACCCAGUAUGUCAUUACCAAGGAGCUGGACCGUGUUCCCCAAAGCCACAGUCCUGCGGGGCCCUGGGACUCCCCUCGGCCACAAGGCUCACAGCACCUGGAGAAAUACUCAGCCAAGACAGGAUAUCCCAGCUCCAAAGCCCACCCCAGUGUGGAGCAGCUGAGUCCGGCCAUGGUGCAGCGUUACCUUGACUACGUGAUUGUACCGGACCCGGCCCAGUCUUCUCUCCGCAUGCAGGCCCCCCUCAUGGACCCCUAUACGUACCGCCAGUACGGCUAUCAGGAAGAAGAGGAGCGCUCCCUGAACUCCUUGGGGGGAGCUGGAUACCCACAUCAGCCCUCUCAGUCACGGAGGGAUGGCCGCCGCCAAGGGGACAGGGACUGGCAGCAGCUCCAGGAACUGGUCACUUAUUACCUCACAUCCGCACCGCCCUCCUCCCGCCACCAGGUGGCACCAUCAUUCUAUGAUGACCUAGACUUACCGCUGGACUAUGCAGAGGACUACAUUUCGCAGGAGGAGGUAGUCAGUCGGCAACAGCACAAGAAGACCCCACCGGAUUACAACAUUAGCUUUCUGUCCAAGCAGGAUGACAGGAAUUUACAGAGAGUCGCAGCCCUGCUGGAGAGGCAUGGGAUUGACCCAAGGGACCUGACUUUGCAGCAGCUAAACAGUCUUUCUGCAGCCCUGCAGUUUCUGCAAGCUGAGACACCAGAUAAAUAUAAGAAUGGUGUGGACGCAAAGAAGAAGAUGGAGCUGACGGAGGCUGCCAUGACACACAAGAGCGAACAGGCCCACAAACCUGCCUCUUCUCCAACCUUAGCCCCUGCACAGCCACCCGCUACCAGCCCCAUGUUCACUGUGACCACUGCUGCAGGAGUCAGCCCCACAGCACAGGGAGCCAAUGAUAAGACAGAGGCAAUGGAAACAACCUCCAAGGGAUCCACUGUGCGGCCUACAGCGGCAUCUGGCCCACCAAUCAGAGAAGAGUAUGGCUACAUUGUGACCAAUCAGAACCCCUUGAGUUUAUUUGAUGGCGUGCGUCUACUGGAGACCUUGGCUGAGAGAGUUCACCUCACCACCAGCACCUUCAUCAACAUCAGCGUGGUCGGCCCUGCCCUGACGUUCCGGAUUCGGCAGAACAGUCAGAACCUGAGUGCGGAGGACGUGGCUGAGAAAGCCGUGGCGGAGAAGACGUUCCUGGAGUCUGAGACAGGCCUGAAGAUCAUCCAGACGGGUGUAGGGGAGAGGAGUGAUGGACGUGGGGUACCCACGGCAACGCGAGUUCGGGAAAGUUCUCGCUGGGUGCUCCUCACCCUGGUGGGCGUGGCCUGUGUGGGCGGGAUCCUGGUGGCUGCAUUCACCAUCGCCUGCCUGCGACAGCACGCCCGGCAGCUGGCGUCCGGGAAGCUGGGUCUGGGACCAGAGGGCGGCUCCGAAUCCCACUAUGAGUACCAGGAACUGUGCCGUCAGCACAUGGCAGCCAAGUCCCCGUUUGGGCGCCAGGAUGCAGUCGCUGGAGUCAGUGGCGGGGGCGGCGGGGGCGGCGGGGGCGGCACAGACACCUCCAGAGUCAGCAGUGUGUCGUCUCAGUUUAGCGAUGCCCCCCAGCCCAGUCCGAGCUCGCACAGCAGCACCCCCUCUUGGUGUGAGGAGCCGGCGCAGUCCAACAUGGACAUCUCAACUGGUCACAUGAUCCUGGCCUACAUGGAGGACCACCUGAAGAACAAAGACCGUCUGCUCAGAGAGUGGGAGGCUCUAUGCUCAUACCAGGCUGAGCCCAGCACCGUGUCCAUCGCCCAGAACGAGAGCAACCUCAAGAAGAACCGUAACCCAGAGUUUGUUCCCUAUGACCAUGCGCGUGUGAAGCUGAAGGCUGAGAUAAACCCUUCCAGGACGGACUACAUCAAUGCCAGCACCAUUAUUGAGCACGACCCCCGAAUGCCUGCUUACAUCGCCACCCAGGGCCCGCUGACACACACCAUCCCUGACUUCUGGCAGAUGGUCUGGGAGAGCGGCUGCGCGGUGAUAGUGAUGAUGACUGCGCUUGUGGAGGACGGGGAGAAGCAGUGCGAUCGCUACUGGCCGGACGAGGGCUCCUCUCUCUACCACAUCUAUGAGGUGAAUCUAGUCUCGGAGCAUAUUUGGUGUAACGAUUUCCUGGUGCGCAGCUUCUACCUGAAGAAUGUCCAGACACAGGAAACACGUACCCUCACGCAGUUCCACUUCCUGAGCUGGCCAGCUCAGGGCAUCCCCACUUCAACACGCCCCCUGCUGGACUUCCGCAGGAAGGUCAAUAAGUGCUACAGGGGCCGGUCCUGUCCAAUCAUUGUGCACUGCAGCAAUGGCACAGGCAGAACUGGCACCUACAUCCUGAUUGAUAUGGUUCUUAACCGCAUGGCCAAAGGAGUAAAGGAGAUUGACAUUGCUGCCACACUGGAACACAUCCGUGACCAGAGACCAGGGAUGGUGUGCACCAAGGACCAGUUUGAGUUUGCCCUGACUGCUGUGGCUGAGGAGGUCAACGCCAUCCUCAAAGCACUCCCCCAGUGAGCUAUGGCUGAUGCCUCACUGUCUCCACUUUGCACUCUUCCUCAUACCCUCCUCCUCUUCCUCUGCAUCCAUAUAUGCAUGAUCACAAGAGGUUGGAUCUGAGUUCAGCAGGAGGGACACAUCUCUGUUUCAUCCUUAGAUCAAAGGAUAGAUUAAGAAUUCAUGUUUUCCUUCUCCUCACUGGGACAGCACUCUGUAUCUCCAGGUACCGCUGGUGAUGAUUAUGCCUCAGGGCUCUUCAUGCUGUAAACCAUCCCUGUAGGCCCCAUUGCCUUGAGCAACAAACCAGACCAAACCUGAUAAUAUCAUCCCUGAUUUUAACCAUGUCAGCUGACUAUUGAUCAAUAACCAAGGUUUGUGAGGUCUCUUGGGAUUCUCUAUUAUAUACAUUUUAAUGCAUUGCCUUCAUUAGACUGAUUUAACUUGGUUUUAAAAUCUGUAGUUUUGCCUUUCCUAAACAGAUAGCAGUCAGGAUAUGUAUUUUAUUAAUAUAAAUAUGACAGUCAUAAAAACUUUUGAAAGCAUGCAGCCAUUAGUCACAGAGUGCUGACAUUUAUAAUACUGAGAAGGUGGUAUACAUAACAGUUAUCACUGGAUCCUGUGUAAUUUCCUGGAGCUGAAUAGUAUCCCAACACUUUGCAGUAUUUCUGUUGUUAAAUGUGUAAUUUUGUGGGCAGCAUGCUCUACAAAAAAUUCUUCUAUCUCACCACACAAUUGUUAAUAUAGGAAAUAUCAUUCACAUUUCUUGGUACACAUCAGUUCAUAAAUGAUGAGGAACCUUGCUGUCCUCAUUCCCACUCUGCUGAUCCAGACCUAUAUUCGACAUUAGCUAUAUCAUGAGAGACAGCUGAUGUCUCUCUGGAAGCCCUUUUGAUUUAACAGAAUUUCAGUGAAUGAGUUUGUUCUUGCUAUACCUUCUAAACGUAUACUCCACUCUGAUGGCCUUCUCUGAACAUCAUGACUCGGACCUGCUUUGAUUGCACAGGGAAAGCUGCUCGCUAGCCCAGCUUUGGUGUCCUGCUUUGGAUCUUUGGCCUUAUCUUACUUUUUCCGCAAAGGUACCGCACUUUCUAAAACUGUAAAAACCUUUCAGGGAUUGGUAUGUUUUCUCUUGACGUAAAAAGCAUAUAUAAAAACUAGAUGUUUAUUUUUCAUGGGUCAGCUGGGGGAAUUACCUAAUUGAAGAAGUAGUUCAGCAUUAAUACAGCGGGCGUACAGUCUUGCUGCAGUGUCUGAGAGCAGAUAGUCAGCAUUUGUUUGUGUCUUCUUCCUGUGAUAUGUCCAGUGAGCUCAUUUAUAACCCUUGUCUUUUACUGUUAGCUCUCCUCAGUAUUUUUGGAAUAAUUAUAUUUCGAUAUUACGUAGUCUAUUUUUCAUAAGUGCAAUGCUUCACCGUGUAAUGUUUAAACAAAAAAGAUAACUGAUAAAAUUUGUCUUUGAAGACCUGUUAUUGUGAGGACUGCAGUGUGUUAGUCUAGGUGGCUCCUCAAGCAACACUGAUGGUCUGUGGGAAAUGAUAAAUGCAGACAGGAAGUAACAUUGGGAGCGGGAGCUACUGCGGCAGUGCAGACACUGCAAUAUCUGUAAAAAGUCACAUGUUUCUCUCCUGUUUCUGUCCAUCGACAUGGAUGCCUCAUUCAGAUUCAGCCUCUCCCAUCAGAAAUUCUGUCUGUUUAACUCAGAGCCAUUCAGUGUCACUGUAUAUCUGUAGCAAACCAGAAGAAAAAAAACAAACCAAAAAAAACAUUGAUGUGAAAAUAUUUCUUUUGUAAUUUUAUGUGAUGAAUAAAAUAGUUUGUGAAGUGAUGCAACAGCA